AUGUCAUUUGAUCGCAAUCGUCAUCAAUCAAUCAUAAGACCCUAUGAAUAUGAUGAUUUUGAAACACCUUUUUACAACUCAUCCAGUUCAAAUCAGAAUUAUAACAACGGGUCUUUAAUCAAUACUGCGGUUGCGUCAAACAACAUCGAUGAUGAAGAAAUAGCUCAGCAAUAUCAGGAACAACUUUUUUAUGAUACUAUAAGUCGUACUACUGAACCAUCAUCCGAAGUGAUGACUUCAAUUGAUAUGAGACCAUUAGAAGAACUCGAUGCUGAUGCAGCUUAUGCUCUUCAACUUCAAGAAGAAGAAUACUCAAAAAAUAGUAUUACACCAUUUUUAUCAUAUCAACAAAAUUUAAACGAUAGAGCAGCAUCAAACGCUAUUGUCAAUUUUGGUAAUGAUUUCAUAGUUGGUGAUGCAGAAUUAGCAGCACAGUUACAAGCAGACGAAAAUCAAAAACAACAACAACAGAAAGAUAACCAACGACGAAUACCAUAUUCAACAAUUAAUCGAAAUCCUCAAUCUAAUGCAUCUGGAAGUGUAACUAAUCCACCUUUUUUUAAUCCUACAAAUCAACUUCCUUCGUUCAGUGGAAAUAAUAAUCAUGUUAACAAUAAUUUUGUAUCUUUAUUACGAGCUUUUACCUCUCGUGGUCAAUCAUUUCGUGGUUCUCAUCGUUUCCGCGGUCAUGGAAAUAGAAAUAUUGAAAAUACUGAAGAAGAUUUUGGUCCAGAUGAUUAUGAAAAUUUACUGGAACUAGAUGCGUCAGUUAAUAAACAAGCUUUAUCCAAUGAUCAAAUUAAUACAUUACCAACUGAAAAAUUUCGUCAUUCAGCAAAUACAACUGCUGAAGAAAAUCAAUGUAGUAUUUGCUGGGAUAAUUUUGAGCCAAAUCAGACAUUACGUCGGUUACCAUGUCUUCAUCGAUAUCAUCAAAGUUGUAUAGAUAAUUGGUUAAAAGUAAGUUAA